AAAACGCCCAGAGUCAUUACAAAUAUCACAUAAGACAGGGAUUUGAGCAACAUGCAGAAGAAACUGACCCUGAACGCAUUAGUCAGAUAAUAAGUCGGGCAGUGGAGGAUGGGAAGUGGGUUAUUGAAAAGUAUACCAAAAGGAAUUAACAGUACAGAGUAAGCUAAAACUCACUCCAAAGAACGGGAGUACUGUAAUAUGGAAAUUGCCAUUGAAGAGUCACCUUUCUCAGGAAAUAGAGAACAUUUCUGGGGUGCUGUGCAGAUAUACACCGAGAAGUCUCACAUUCUGAAUCGCAAAAUAUGUGGAUCCUCUAAUAUAGCUAUUGGAUUUUGCAGUGAAGACUUUUACAAUGAUAAUAUUACCUCAGAAUUUGUUGAUAGACUUUCUCAAGAUGUAAAGUCCUAUGAAAGGCCUCUUGAAACAGGUGCUAAUAACAUUCAGUCAAACAGUCAGGCACUUUUUAGUAAUGACCAUCAGGAACUACAACAGAUUGAAUGCCUAAGAAGACUUCUAAAAGAGAGAGGCUUCACAUUUCAUCAGACCAAUACCAAAAACUGUUCUUUGCAAACUCAGGCGGCAGAUAACUUGGAUAAAGAUGAACCGUGUUCAGAAUCAGAUGUUACCUUGGUGAGGAAUGGAACAAGCAUACCGUGGCAGGAGCUGUCUUCUCAUAAGAAGAUUGCAGUUGCUGUUAUUAGAAAAAUUCAUCCCAAACAAUUUCUCCAAAGUUUCAAUGAAAUGAUAAACCAGGAAAUGAAUCCCACAUGUAGGUCCAAGUUUGAUCAUUAA